AUGCCUAAAUUGGGACAUGCGGCCGAGACGGAGACGCUCAAGCGCACCAUCUACGUGUCGUCGCGCAAGAACCAGCUGGCCACGGCCCAGAUCAACACGGUCAUCGCCAUGCUGGAGGACAAAUUCCCGGCGCUGCGCUUCGUCGUGGGGCAGCAGGACACGGUGGGCGACCAGGUGCUGGACCGCCACCUGAGCGAUCUGGGCACGAGCACGGCCUCGGGCCUCUUCACCAAGAUCCUGGAGGGCGCGCUGCUGACCAAGACCGCCAGCUUCGCCGUGCAAUCGCUCAAGGACAUUCCCACGACGCUGCCCGAGGGCCUCCUGGCCGCCAUCACCAAGCGCGAGAUCCCUGAAGACGCGGCCGUGAUCCACCCCAAGCACAAGACCAAGGGCCUCACGCUCACGCAGCUGCCGGAGGGUAGCAUCAUUGGCACCGGCUCGCUGCGGCGCGAGGCGCCCCUGCGCAAGCAGUUCCCGACCUUCGAGAUCAAGACGCUGGGCGGCAACAUCCAGACGCGGCAGGCCAAGUUGGACGAGCAUGACGACUACGACGCCAUCAUCGUGGCGGCCUGCUGCUUUCGACUUGGCGCGCUGGGCGACAGGAUCGACGAGAUUCUGCCCAUGGACACGUUCGGCUACGGCGUCGGACAGGGAAGCAUCGGGGUCGAGUGCCGCGCGGACGAUGGGGAGCGAUGA